CAAUGACGGAUAAAGAAGUACCUACGUCAUCUUUAGAUGCCGGAUAUACUGCGGUACAUGUGUUUCUUCAUGAAAGCUCCUGCUAAAAUGACUUUCAUGCGUGGAAAGGGAGCGAAGGUGUGAUAUACAGACGUGUGACGUAUAGAUUAUUUUAAAUAUUUAGUAUGAAUACGGUCCAUUUGAAGCUAAGUUGGUUUACGUGUCAAUUUGCGAAAGGCUUCACUCUCUCCGCUGCUGCUGCUGCUGUCGCUGCUUCACGCCGGGAUUCUCCAACUCUUUCCCACUUUUUACGUAGAAUGGCGACGAACAGCCACAGCAGGGACAACAACAGUGGUGACCGUAGUAAGACGAGGAAAGUCAAGCAGAACGAACCGCUGCGGAAACUGAAAACCAAGGAGAAACGGAUCGGACGACGGGACUUUCACGGACCGACUACGGUUUACCUGCAGGUGGUCGGUGCUGGAAGCAGAGACACGUCCGCGUCCCUUUAUGUCUUCUCUGAGUACAACAGGUACCUGUUCAACUGUGGUGAAGGAACUCAGCGACUCAUGCAGGAGCACAAACUUCGAGCCGCUCGUCUGGACAACAUCUUCCUGACCAGACUGAGCUGGGCGAACGUGGGAGGUUUAUCAGGGAUGAUCUUGACCCUGAGGGACACCGGUGUCCCCGAGUGUGUCCUCUCUGGACCUCCACAGCUGGACAACUACAUCAACGCCAUCAAGUCUUUCUCUGGACCUCUGGACAACAUCAAGCUGUCCGUUCGACCGUACACCGCAGAGACGUACUCGGACGAAACAAUGACAGUUUAUCAGGUGCCAGUGUUCGCCCAGUCGGGUCAAAAGAGUCCUGACAGGAAGUCGUCCCCCAGGUCCAGCAACCCUCCUCUUCGUCCUCCAAGUCCUGCCGCGUCACAGACGGACGACGUGGACCAGAGCUGGAGAACGAGUCCAGGCGAAAGACAGACCAGAGACGCGUCUGACCUGGUGGUCGCCUUCAUAUGUAAGCUUCACCCAAAGAAAGGAAACUUCUUGGUGGCUCAGGCUCGAGAGCUUGGACUUCCCAUAGGCACAGCAGCCAUCGGUCCACUCAUCGCAGAACUGAAGGCGGGGAAAAGCAUCACGUACGAAGGAAAAGAGAUUCGGCCCGAGCAGGUCUGCACUCCCACUGAUCCGGGACCCGUCUUUAUUAUUGUCGAGUGUCCGUCUGAGGAGUUUGUCGCAGCCGUUUGCAACAACGGUCAACUGAGACGAUACCAAACCGGAGAGGACUCUGCCGUGCUGGUGGUUCACAUGACUCCAGAGUCUGUUCUGAAAACAGAUCAGUACAAAGGGUGGAUGGACAGGUUCCCAUCCACGACGGAGCACCUGAUCCUCAACGAGCAGGUCUGCACCGACUACAAUAUCAGGAGCCACAAGAUCCAAGCUCAGCUCAACAUGAUCCACCCCGAGAUCUUCCCUCAGCUCAGGUCCUUCAGAACAAAGGAGCCUCAGGCUGCUCUCCACGUCCCCAACGUCAGAGCAGAGUGUCUGCUCAAGUUCCAGCUCAGACCUGUGAUGGAGUGGCAAAGAGACGCGAUUCCCUCCUGCAGCGUGGAGGAGUUUGUGAAAGAGGCUUCAGACGUCCCGAACUUUCUGGACGAAGUGGACAAGUGCAGGAGGAUCUGCUCCACUGAUGCUGCAAAUCCCUGCGCAGAGCCAAAAUAUCCAGAGGUGGUUUUCUUGGGGACGGGAUCAGCUCAACCGAUGAAGAUCAGAAACGUCAGUGGCACUUUAGUGAAUAUCAGCCCGAGUCAGUCCAUGCUGUUGGACUGUGGAGAGGGAACCUUCAGUCAGCUCUGCAGACACUACGGGGAGGACGUGGACGUCGCUCUGUCCAAGAUGUCGACCGUCUUCAUCUCGCACUUGCAUGCCGACCAUCACACGGGUCUGCUGAAUCUGCUGUACCAGAGGAAAAGAGCACUGAUGACACUGGGGAUAUCGUUCAGCCCUGUGACCCUGAUCGCGCCGUCCCAGAUCAUGACCUGGCUCAACCGGUACCACGAGCACUGUGAGGAGAUCCUCAGCCACGUGAAUCUCAUCCCGAAUGCGUGUCUGUGCGAUGGCGCCGAGUCACCUAGACAGUGGACGGAGUCGCUGAUCAGAGCCGUGCUGAAGAACAACAACCUGACAAAGUUUCAGACGUGCACGGUGCGUCACUGCAAGAACGCCUUCGCCUGCAGCUUCACUCACCAGUCCGGCUGGAAACUGGCCUUCUCUGGCGACACCAUGCCCUGCGAUGGAUUCGUACACAUCGGGAGGGACGCGACGCUGUUGAUACACGAGGCGACGCUGGAGGACGGGCUGGAGGAGGAGGCCGUGGAGAAGAGACACAGCACGACGUCCCAGGCCAUCGGCAUCGGCGUGAAGAUGAACGCCGACUUCAUCGUGCUCAACCACUUCAGCCAACGCUACGCCAAGAUCCCGCUCUUCAGCGAGGACUUCACCGACAAAGUCGGGAUAUCCUUCGACCACAUGAGAAUUCGUUUCGGAGACUUUAAAACCCUUCCCAGACUCAUUCCCGCACUUAAAACCCUCUUUGCCAACGAUAUCGAAGAGAUGGAGGAGAGAAGAGAGAGGAGGGAGCUGAAAAAUCCAAGAGGCGGCUACGAGGUGAACAGCACAGCAGUUGCUGCCAUGACUGCCGCGGUGGCGGCUGACGCCCGUGGUGCCAAACGGAACCAGGAGGAGGCUGACGUCGACGCAAAGAGACAGAAACUUUAUGAAACAUGAGCUAAGAGGAAAUGACUUAGGCAUUUUAUUUAAAUGAAUUUCAGAUUGUUUAAUUUGGCUUGUGUGUGGAUUGACUGAAGAAAACGCAAUGUAUAUUGUUUUUUGCGUUGUACAUUAAUUAGUGAGCUCUGAAUAUAGGUUUUGGUUGAAAUGAAUAAAGAAAUACCACACAA